AUUGGUUGUUCACGGAUUACGUCACUUUACGGAAGUGAGACGGUCUGUGAUGUGAUGUGGACAAAAUGAUUGGUGAUCUGUUAAUAUUCGGGACUUUACUGGUGAACGCAGGGGCUGUGCUGAAUUUUAAACUCAAAAGGAAGGAAUCCCAAGGAUUUGGAGAUGAGUCCAGCGGACCAGCGACAGGUGACAACAUCAGAGAGUUCCUGCUCAGCCUACGAUACUUUCGGAUCUUCAUCGCUUUGUGGAACAUCUUCAUCAUGUUCUGCAUGAUCCUGUUGUUUGGAUCAUGAUCUGCAUUGGUGGUGUCUGGAUGUCCAACAGGCUUCACAACAUGGACUCUCUAAACAGUUACUUUGACCUUUUUAAUAGCAGUUAUUUCCAUCAAACCCUCAGCUUCUGUACAGGAGCUUUUCAAUCACUGUAUUUAUUUUGUCUUAUCUGUUGGUAAACCCGGUUCAUAGAUGGGGUUACAUUUUUACCUUUGUUUUUCCACGCUGUAGCCGUAUUAUCUCAUCUACUUUUGAUGGUUAUGUGUCGUCCGUUUCCCUUUUGAUCCGCUGCAAUCAUCAGUGCUUUCCCAUGUUGUUAUUUGGCUUUUAAGUAAAGUGCCGAGGUUUAAUAUUAUGGCCAGCUAGUCACUAAAAUACUCGUUUUAAGGGUUCUGCUCUGUUGUAAAAACCUCAUUUAGUACAGCAGAUUUUCUCGAAAUGAUCUGUCAUUACUGUUGCUUUUAAUUUAACAAGUGAAUUUACAAACACAAUGUGCAGUUCAUCUCCAGUUUUGGUGGAAAUAGAACAAAAAAUCUCUUUACUUUUUAACUGUUUUACUCUUAUGUGUCUCUACAGGAUAUUCACAGUAAAUUGAGCCAUUAAGAUUAAAACAAAUUACAUUUUUUUGCUUUAGGGAGUAUGGGCUUGAAAGUAAAUGUUGUAAUGUAAAUGUUCUUAAAAAUAAAAUCCAGGUUUUUUUAUUCAUUGUCUGUUACUUGGUUUGCAAGUAAAUAAAAUGAUGCCUUUACCCAGUACUGUG